CCGAUGAUAGAUUCUUCUUUCUUCUGCUUCUGCUUCUGCUUCUGCUUCUGCUCCUGCUCCUCCUUUGUUGUUGUUAGUUUCUUUUUUUUCUCCCAUUAGACAAUCCACUCAAAACUCUCUCCUCCUCCAGACUCCAGCUUCCUAUUUCCUCACUUUCUAGCCGCUUUAUUCCGCUCUCUCUCUCUCUCUCUCUCUCUCUCUCUCUCUCACUUCUUUCUUUCUCUCAUCAUCCUCAUCAUCAUCACACUCUAGAUUUCUCUUGAAACCAAACUCGUUGCGAAUUAUAUACUAGUACGAACGAGCUGUUGUAUUUUUUUGUUUGAGUUUCCUGUUUUGGAUUUCGAGGAAUCUCACUUUGGGACUUUAAAGUUCCUGUUUCAAAGUUUCUACCUUUCUUUUUUUUUGUUUUCUUCCUCUUAUCUUUCGUCAUCUUUGAUUAAGUAGUAACCUCCCUUUGAUCUCUUCUUUGGGGGGUUGUCUAAUCUGACACGUUCCUCUGUCUUCUUGCUUUUCUCUCUUCUUGUUUCUCUGGGAAGCCUCUACAAAGGGAUAACACAAAAUAAAAAAUAAAAAUUAUUGCUUUUGGAUUUUCUUGAUUCUCUCUGAUUCGUCCCCUUUUGUACAGGGUUAUUUUUUUUGUUUGGUUCUUGUGAGGUUUGUGAAAAUUCUCCCAAUUUAUGUCUUAAGUUGAAUUGAGUUUGUAAAAAUCACUCUGUUUCUUUUUUUGGGGGUUGAUCCUGUUUUCAAGUGGUGGAUGAGUUUGUUCCAUGUACUAGGGUUUGGUGUCAAGAUUGGGCAUCUCUUCUGGAUGCUAUGCUGCUGGUUCGUUUCUUGGUUCGUUGAUUAUGGGAUCGAGGACAACAACAAGUCUGGUCUUCUAGUUGGCUCUGUCGGUGAUCUUGAGAAGACGAAGAUGAUGACUACGUUGAAGAAGAAGAACUUCUUUAAUAGGAUCUCCACUACCGGACUCAAGAUCCCCAGCUUCUCUUAUCACUUUCUUGGCUCUGUUAAAUUCAACAAGACUUGGUGGAGGAAGCUUGUCGUCGCUUGGGUCGUCUUCUGGCUCUUGGUCUCUAUUUGGACCUUCUGGUACUUUAGCUCUCAAGCUAUGGAGAAGAGGAAAGAGACCCUUACUAGUAUGUGCGAUGAGAGGGCUCGUAUGCUUCAGGAUCAGUUCAACGUUAGCAUGAAUCAUGUUCAAGCCAUGUCUAUCUUGAUUUCCACCUUCCACCAUGGCAAGAUUCCUUCUGCUAUUGAUCAGAGGACAUUCUCCGAGUACACUGAUAGAACUUCCUUUGAGAGGCCUCUCACGAGCGGGGUCGCAUAUGCUAUGAGAGUGCUCCAUUCAGAGAGGGAAGAAUUUGAGAGGCAACAAGGUUGGACUAUUAGGAGGAUGGAUUCUCUUGAACAAAAUCCAGUUCAUAAGGAUGAAUAUGACCCGGAAGCUUUGGAACCAUCCCCUGUUCAAGAGGAGUAUGCUCCAGUCAUCUUUGCUCAGGACACUGUUUCUCAUGUAGUUUCUCUCGAUAUGCUGUCUGGGAAAGAAGACCGCGAAAAUGUGUUGCGGGCGAGGAGAUCAGGUAAAGGGGUUUUGACAGCUCCUUUUCCAUUGAUAAAGACAAAUAGACUUGGGGUGAUCCUUACAUUUGCAGUCUACAAGAGAGAUCUCCCUUCAAAUGCAACGCCAAAAGAGAGAAUUGAGGCUACUAAUGGGUAUCUUGGUGGAGUGUUUGACAUUGAGUCCCUGGUGGAAAACUUGCUUCAGCAGCUAGCUAGCAAGCAAACAAUUCUUGUCAAUGUAUACGAUACCACCAAUCACUCCCAGCCGAUUAGCAUGUAUGGUUCAAAUGUGUUCGUUGAUGGGUUGGAACGUGUUAGUCUACUAAACUUUGGCGAUCCAUUUAGAAAGCAUGAAAUGCGUUGCAGGGCUGAAGCAGCAGAUGUUGCAAAGUCACAGUUCCUUGCUACUGUUUCACACGAAAUCAGAACUCCGAUGAAUGGUGUUCUUGGAAUGUUGCAUAUGCUUAUGGACACUGAGUUAGAUGUUACGCAACAGGAUUAUGUGAGAACUGCACAGGCAAGUGGGAAAGCUUUAGUCUCACUAAUAAACGAGGUUUUGGACCAAGCAAAGAUUGAAUCUGGAAACCUUGAGCUUGAGGACGUGCGGUUUGAUUUGAGAGGAAUAUUAGAUGAUGUCCUGUCACUCUUCUCUGGAAAGUCCCAACAAAAAGGGGUAGAGUUGGCAGUAUACAUAUCUGAUCGUGUUCCAGAGAUGUUAAUUGGUGAUCCUGGGAGGUUUCGACAAAUACUCACAAAUCUUAUGGGCAACUCCAUUAAGUUCACUGAGAAAGGACACAUCUUUGUAACUGUUCAAUUGGUGGAGGAGCUAUUUGAAUCUAUCGAUGGAGAGACAGCAUUGACUCCGGAAGGUACACUUAGCGGGCUUCCAGUUGCAGACGGGCAGAGGAGCUGGGAAAACUUUAAAGCUUUCAGCUCCAAUGGGCAUAGGAGCUUUGAACCAUCUCCACCUGAUAUCAACCUUAUCGUCUCAGUUGAAGAUACUGGCAUAGGAAUCCCUUUAGAAGCACAGUCCCGUAUUUUUACGCCUUUCAUGCAAGUCGGACCAUCCAUAUCCAGGACGCAUGGAGGCACAGGAAUUGGACUAAGCAUAAGCAAAUGUCUAGUUGGACUGAUGAAGGGAGAAAUUGGAUUCUCGAGUACUCCCAAGGUCGGGUCAACAUUCACAUUUACUGCUGUGUUUUCCAAUGGCAUGCAACAAACUGAAAGAAAAAACGACCCGCAGAACAACAACAACCAGCUCAUGUUCUCGGAAUUUCGAGGCAUGAAAGCUGUGGUUGUGGACCAUCGGCCUGCUAGGGCGAAAGUUUCUUGGUACCAUUUUCAGCGGCUGGGAAUUCGAGUCGAAGUAGUUGCACGUGUUGAACAGGCUCUACGUUAUAUGAAGAUUGGUACCACCACUGUGAAUAUGAUUCUUAUAGAGCAAGAGAUAUGGAAUAGGGAAGCAGAUGUGUUCAUUAAGAAGCUGCAGAAAGAACCUCUUGUCCUUUCACCUAAAUUGUUUUUGUUAGCAAACUCAGUUGAAUCGUCAAUGCCAGAUGCUUUUUGCAACGGUAUAGAUCCUCCAAUAGUGAUAGUGAAACCAUUGAGGGCAAGUAUGCUAGCAGCAACUUUGCAGAGGGGAUUGGGUAUUGGAAACAGGGAACCACCUCAACACAAGGGACCUCCUGCUUUGGUUCUCAGGAAUCUUCUCCUUGGUAGGAAAAUUUUAAUCGUGGAUGAUAACAACGUAAAUCUCAGAGUGGCAGCAGGAGCUCUGAAAAAGUAUGGGGCUGAUGUGGUGUGCGCUGAGAGCGGGAUAAAGGCAAUCUCAUUGCUUAAGCCACCCCACGAGUUUGAUGCUUGCUUCAUGGACAUUCAGAUGCCAGAAAUGGACGGAUUUGAGGCAACGAAGAGAAUACGGGAUAUGGAAGAGGAGAUGAACAAGAGAAUAAAGAAUGGGGAGGCAUUGAUAGUAGAGAAUGGUAACAAAUCAAGCUGGCAUCUCCCUGUAUUAGCAAUGACAGCGGACGUGAUUCAAGCAACGCAUGAGGAAUGUCUAAAGUGUGGAAUGGAUGGGUAUGUAUCAAAACCCUUUGAAGCAGAGCAGCUGUACAGGGAAGUGUCUCGGUUUUUCAAUUCACCUUCAGAUACAGAAACAUGAAAAAGAAAAAGAAAAAAAAGGAUGGGGUGUAAAGAAGUACGGCGAAGGAAACACAAAAAAAAACUCGUGUCUCCUUAGCAUCUUGAAGUAGUAGUAAG